AUGAUGCACCAGUUGCUUGUCCGGCGGCCGCUGUGGACCAUUGUGGCAAUUUUUCUCGCACUCGUCUUCUUCUUCACAUGGACCAGCAACGCGCGUCUGGGCAGCCCCAGCCUUGCGCGCCGCGGUACCGACGCGGGGCUCGACAGCAUCAAUAAUGCGACACUAGGGUUUGAAAAGAUUUUCGUCGUGGGCUUGCCUGAAAGAACCGAUCGUCGCGACGGUUUCAGGCUUCAGGCGGACCUGAGCAAUCUCAGAAUCGAAUUCAUCGACGGCGUCAAGGGCGAUCAGAUUGCGAACAAGGCAAUUCCUGUGGACGAACAAGGCAUCAAAAUCAAGCCGGCUGAAUUGGGCUGCUGGCGAGGCCACAUGAACGCCAUUGGCGAGAUGAUUCGCCAGAACCUGUCUUCUGUACUCAUCCUCGAGGAUGACGCCGAUUGGGACGUCCGCAUCCACCAACAGCUCCGCGAUUUUGCGCUGUCGACGCGCGCUCUUAUCCAGCCACUUGCGGGCUCGUCGCCCAGCUCGCCGUCCUACGCCGAUCCCACAUUCCUUGACCCUACCCAGCCCGAUCCCCGCGAGAUUUCCUUUGAUAGCCUUCCAAAUACCGCUCUCCCACACAAAUCACCCUACGGCGACGACUGGGACCUCCUCUGGGUCGGCAAUUGCGGUCUGCACUUUCCUUUUCCAAAGUCCACGACCAUUCCCAAGGGACGCGUCAUACACCGUGGCGAUGAGACGGUGGCGCCAAAGAAAAACCUAUGGUCCAUUAACAGACCGUUUACGUUGCUGGAAGAAUACCCAGCGCACACGCGCGCCGUCUCGCACGCGCAAGAGGGCGUCUGUACGCUGGGAUAUGCGCUAAGCCACCGCGGCGCGCGGCGCAUCAUGCAGGAAAUUGCGCUCAAGCCUGUGACGGAUGCCUACGACAUUCUGCUGCGCUUCUUCUGCGAGGGCACGCGCGGCAGGAAGAAGGGACUGUGCCUUGCGCCGCAACCACCUUACUUCCACCAUCAUAGGCCUGCUGGGCCAAUGUCUGCCAUGAGCGACAUUGGCGAUCAUGAGGGCGACUUUAGAAAGGACCCCAUGACCGACAUGGUCCGCUGGAGUGUGCGAUUGAACUCUGAUCGAAUCAUUGAUGGGCGCACGGAUUUUGUCGAGCAGUAUCCCGAUGAACUGUGA